AUGUCUUUUACAGCGAUUAGGGGACAAUGCACUGAGCACACAGACAACGUCUUCUGUCUGUGUUUACGUUUCACUCCUCAUCGAGAUCCAUCGCACUGGCUUACUCUAGAUCAGUCCCGCUGCAUGUGCGGCCAUGGCAUUCACGCCCAUGCCGACUACGUCUCCCUCAUUGUUCACAAUUGUCGUCCCACCCACUGUGUGGCCUACGUUCAGAAGACGCCCAAGACACAGGAAUGUACAUGUUCGGCGCUUCUUUUUGAUCAUGUCCCUGUCGUUAACGCGUAUCGUUCACCUGCGGCUGUCUCGUACAACCGAGGAUCCGUCGUGGAUGGCGACCAGAGCAUCGGAUCCCCGACCUACACUAUCGAUGCGCCCAGCUCUUUAAACGACGCGAAUCCAGUCACCUCCAUUCCUAUGAUUUUCUCACCAGACAUCAAUGCUCCCUCGCGUAUCAUUCAGCCAGAAACUGACAUAUUUGCCACUCAUCAGCUUGUGGGACAUGAUAUGCAAGAUGGCGACGUGCCAAACGGAAAUUCUGAUUACGAUCCGAAUACCCUUUACCCUGCGACACCUGGAGCAGAAGCAUGGGUAGGACCUUACAGCGCCUAG